ACCAGGACUCGCCGGCGGCUGGCGAAUUAACUCGCUCGCAAUUAACUCGCAGACUCCUCAUCUCCUUUCUCGGAUGGCUUCCCAAUUAUUAUCCAAGAAGAGAGCCGUUGAUGGCAAGUACACAAUGAACUGCAGAAAAUCAAGAGGUUGGAACAGGCCUGGGUUGGAAUCUCGCUGCUUGGUGGCCGCAGUCCUUGGAGGUGAGCAAUCAGAGCACCAAGCGCCCCCGCCUGAUGAUCUGCAUCCGUGAACAGUCAGCAACCAAAGGUUGUUUCGCCCCCUUUUCACCCCUUUUUUAGUUGAUCUGUUGUUCUUUCUUGCAUUUGUGUAUCCUUGGUUUUUCUUAAUUUUCUAAGAUGUCUUCUAGUUCUAAACGCCCUGGUAAGAAGUAUAAAUCUGGGUAUGAAAAACGUACAAAGAAGAAAAAAGCUGAAAAUCUUAUUCAUUCUCUGAAGGGGUCUCUUGAUAAAUUUGUUGUGAAAGAACCACAAGUUUCUUCCGAAAAUCAGAAUAUAGAGGCUGAUGUUGAUGAUAAUGUUGACAACAUUCAGGUUGAGAAUACUAAUCCUGAUGAGGCUAACCUCCAUGGAAAUGUCGUUGGCGCUAGUGUUAAUGAAAACAUGGAUAGUUCAUCUGAUAAGAAUAACAUGGAUGCAUCUUCCUAUGGUAAUGUUUCUUUCCGGCCAGAUAUAUUUGAUCCAAGGAAUUGGGAUGCCCUUGACUCAAAAGCGAUUGACAUCUUGGUAGAAAAUGGUCCCAAAAGAGAUUUAACUAUAAAAAAAGGCCGGAAGGAUAAAAAUAAAAGAUGCUUUUCUUCGAUAUUUUACACAAGAGUUCUACCAAAUGGAGAGAAGUGUGAUAGAGAUUGGCUUGUAUACUCUAGAGAACUUGACAAGGUAUUCUGCUUUUGUUGCAAAUUAUUUCGAAAGGGGCAUGUAAAGGGUCAUUUUCCUAGUGAGGGUUUUAAUGAUUGGGCACAUAUUAGCAUUAGAAUUAGAGAGCACGAAACAAGUGCCAAACAUGUUCUGAAUAUGGUCACUUGGUAUGAUUUGCGACUACGGUUGCAAAAGCAACAAACUAUUAAUUGUGAAGCGCAGCGACAACUUGAGAAAGAAAAGGACCAUUGGAGAAAAGUUCUAUUUAGAAUUCUUUUGAUGGUAAAAUUUCUUGCGAAACACAAUCUUGCAUUUCGUGGUACUAACUCGACAUUGUAUCAAGAUAAUAAUGGAAAUUUCUUAGGCUUGGUUGAAAUGCUAGCUGAGUUCGACCCAAUUAUUCAGGAGCAUGUUAGGCGCAUAACAAACAAUGAAACUCAUGUUCAUUACCUUGGUCAUGGGAUCCAAAAUGAGUUAAUACAUUUGCUUGCUUCUGCAAUUAAGUAAGAGAUAAUUAAAAAAAA